AUGGAUGCCGAAAAAUCCUCAGAGCAGACCAAGGUCACCUUACUCGGUCCCCUUUCAGACCACACAAGCAUAGCCCUGGAGCCCAAAUCAGAGCCGCCCCUGACGCCCUCUGAAUCUUUGAGCAUUCCGCGUCGCUUUCUUCGAAACGCGCGCAGGCUUAUCUGGGAUGAUCCUGACAAGCCAAAGGAAGAGAAGUGGUUCUUGUUCAAGCUCGACGUGUUCCUGCUCAGCUCCGCAUGCGCAGGAUACUUUUGCAAGAACCUGGACCAGGCCAACAUCAACAACGCUUAUGUCUCGGGCAUGAAAGAAGCGCUCCAUCUCAACGGUAGCGAGCUGACGUACGCCAGCAACGUUUACCUUUCGGGCUAUAUUGCUGGACAAAUACCCGCAGUCAUACUCGCUACACGAGUGCGACCAUCACUCCUCAUCCCUACAGUGGAGGUCCUUUGGUCGAUAUUGACCUUCUGUGCCGCCGCGGUCAAGAAUCGAUCGCAGCUUUACGCAAUCCGCUUUCUCAUCGGUCUUUUCGAAUCCGCAUAUUUCCCGGUAGUCGUGUACAUGAUCAGCUCCUGGUACACAAAGGGCGAGCGCGGAAAACGAGUUACUAUAUUUUAUUCCACCGCCCAGCUUGCUGGGAUGUUUAGUGGCUACCUUCAAGCUGGGGCGUACUCUGGCCUUGAUGGCCGGCUUGGACGCGAAGGAUGGCAGUGGCUAUUCAUUAUCUGCGGCGUCAUUAGCCUACCCAUUGGCAUCACAGGCUUUUUUUUCUUCCCAGAUUUUCCAGAAACGACUCGAGCUUUCUACAUCACUAAAAAGGAGGCUGAAUGGGCUCGCGAAAGACUUAUGCGAGAAGGCUUAAGACCUCUGGGGGCAUCAAAAUGGAACCGAACAAAGUUAUUCCGCAUUGCAAGUCAAUGGCAAUUUUGGGUGUUACCACUCGGUUAUUUUUUCCUACAAGGAAGUUUCCCGGGGUAUCAGCCUGCUUUCGCGCUCUGGCUCAAAUCCAGAAAGCAGUCUAUCUACGAGAUCAACGUCUGGCCGACUGGGCAGGUUGCCGUUGGAGUGGUAGCUCAGAUCCUUGCUGGAAUGAUCACAGACUCUCCUUGGAUGCGUGGCCGACGGUGGCCAGCCCUGAUCUUCCUGCAAGCGGGAACCUUUUUCAGCUCUGUCGUUCUCGCCGUCUGGGACGUGUCCGACAACCUCAAAUUCGCUGCGUUUUACUUACUCAACUUUUCGUCAGGUGCACCUGGGCUAUGGUAUUCCUGGUAUCCAGAUCUGAUUCCACAUGAUCACGAAAUGCGUGGUUUUCUGACUGCUGCUUCGAUGGUCUUCAGCUCCAUCCAGUCAAUCUGGUUCACGCUUGUUGUGUGGAGAACGGCGCAAGGUCCGCGGUUCAAGGCAGGAUUCAUUUUCGCUGCUUCUCUUGGCGUGGCAAUUAUCCUUCAUAUCUUACUCAUUCGCUUCCUGGCAGCUCGUGACAGGAGAAAGCGUGCUAUUGAACAAGGGGAGGACGGAUCAACAGAAGCAGUACCGCCAUCUAACGAUAACCCCGACAUCACAGUUGAUGUAGCCCUUCCUAAGGCGCUGAAUGGAGAAGCAAUUGUUCUCCAUUCGUGA